AUGAAAGGGAAGGGGUUCCUGCCCCGUGGCAGCAUCUUCAUUUUACUCUCGUCAGUCUUCUGCGUCGGCAUGUGUACAUUUGUGCUCCACGCGAAGGAGAAGGAGACCCAACGGCGCUACGAAGGUGUCCUGAGAGACGUCGAAAGACAGAGACAGAAACUGCAACGCCGCAAAGAAGACAGUGUUGCAACACAGUCGAGACCAGGCGCCAGUGGCGGCGCCGCCACAGUGUGA